AUGAAUACUACCGCAACCAAGGCAUGUACACACUGUAACCAUAGACUAGCGCAUACCACAAAAAUAUCUGAAGGCAGUGAUAAUCACAGGCACACUCUCUGCCCUAAAUGCACAAACAUUGCAGAUGAAUAUGCACUAUCACAGCGUAAGUUACCUGGUGACCUUCUUUUAUUUAAGCAAGAAGCCUUCUCUCAUUUAGUUUUUAAUGCAGGAUACUUUAAAAUGAAAAAUACGUUAUUCAUAAGAUUAGUUAUAUUUCUUAUAAACACACUUGACAGAAUUCACAACACUCCUUCUGUGGCAGAAAUAUUCAAAGCAAUUAUUCCCCAAAUACUAGAAUUAGCAAUUGUUUCAGUAUUUUUACACAGGGUUUUAAACUACAGGAAAAUACUUCACAUUACAACAGUAUUCUCCACUCUUUCCAUCCUCAAAAUAUUUCUGUGCCUCUCUAAUCUGCCAAUAUCCAAUACAUAUUACCAAAUGUGUAAUAUUUUAAUAGUUCUAAUGACAUCCAAAGCAUUUUCUACAUAUCUCAUUUGGAGUAAUAGGACCAUUCUAACAAUAAUUGUUAUUGCAAGGGUGUUUGCUUUUUCUCUUUUUUACACAGAAAUACAAAUUUAA